AUGGCUCUUGGUGAGGUCCUGGUGCACGUGAGGAUCCCUCUCCUGGUGCUCAGGAUCGGGGUGUGUCUGUUCCUCCCUGCAUGGUCCCAGGUCGGGCACUGCCAACGCCAUGGGCCCCCAGAGGUGGUGAUUCCUUUGAGACAUAACAGCGGCAUGCAGCUUCCAGGCUGGGUGUCCUACAGCCUGCAUUUUGGGGGCCAGAGACGCAUUGUCCACAUGCAGGUCAAGAGGUUCUUGCUGUCCAGACACCUGCCGGUGUUCACGUACACAGCCCAAGGUGCACUCGUGGGGGAUCAGCUCUUUGUCCAGAACGACUGCUACUAUCACGGGUACGUGGAAGGGGAUGCGGAUUCCCUGGUUGUCCUCAGCACUUGUUUUGGGGGUUUUCAGGGAAUAUUACACACAAACGACAUGGCUUAUGCAAUUGAGCCUAAAAGGCUUUCCACCACAUUUGAGCAUCUGAUAUAUAAGAUGGACGGUGAGGAGGCACAGUCCCCACCCACGAGAUGCGGAUUAACGGAUGAAGAAAUAGCACGACAGCUGGAGAUUCAAGAGAGCAGUGAUUCCACGCUGACGCAGAGUGGGUAUGAGGGCUGGUGGACCCACAGGCGGUUCCUUGAACUGGCGGUGGUGGUAGACAACAAUAGGUAUGUUCAUUCCAUGAGCAACAUCUCAGUCGUGCAGAAAGAAGUGUACCUUGUCGUCAAUUACAUAGGAAGCUAUCUGAGUUCACUGGAUAUCGAUGUGGUCUUAAUGGGAAUUGAGGUGUGGACGGAUCGAAACCCCAUUCCAGUGGAUAACAUGGGUAGCCUCCUGUCAGGAUUUUGCCGAUGGAAGAAAGGCAGCUUUAAUACCCGCUUGCCCCAUGAUAUUGCACAUGUUUUUGUAAAGAAAGCAUAUGGCAUUCAAGUUGGCUUAGCCUAUGUAGGAACAGUAUGUAAUCCAAAUUAUAAUUGUGGAGUUGCUAGUUUCAUGAAUGACAAUUUUUAUGACUUUGCAUUUAUUGUAUCACAUGAGAUCGGUCAUAAUUUGGGUAUGCCGCAUGAUGACAAAACGUGUAAAUGUGGGAGAAAAACAUGCAUGAUGUUUGCAACCAAAUCAUCAACAACUAGGUUCAGCAACUGCAGUUAUGGCUCUCUGUGGAGCACCAUUGCAAAAACCACGUGUUUGCAUAGUCCGCCAAAUCUAGAGAAUAUCUUCACACUUGCACACUGUGGGAACAGUGUGGUUGAAGAUGGAGAGGAGUGUGACUGUGGCCCCUUACAACAGUGUACAAAAGAUCCGUGUUGUCAGUCCAACUGCACUCUGAUGCCUGGGGCCACCUGCGCUUUUGGGCGUUGCUGCAAAGACUGCCAGAUCCUGCCCUCAGGCAGCGUGUGCAGAGGACAGGUAAAUGAGUGUGACCUUCCGGAGUGGUGCAAUGGGACGUCCCAUCAGUGCCCUGAAGAUGUGCACGUGCAGGACGGGGUGCCGUGCAUGGACGCCGGCCUCUGCUACGGGAGGAGAUGCAAUAACCGUGACGAGCAGUGCAGGAGGAUUUUUGGCAGAGAGGCCAAGAGCGCCAGUGAGAUUUGCUAUGCGGCACUGAACACCCGUGGGGACCGCUUUGGCCACUGUGGUUUCAGGGGCUCUGGGUAUGUCCCGUGCAACACGUCAGAUGUUCUGUGUGGGCGGGUUCAGUGUGCGGACGUGGCCAGAAUCCCGCUCCUGAGGGACCACUCCACUGUGCAUUCCACGCGCGUCAACGGCGUCACGUGCUGGGGUGCAGACUACCACUUCGGGAUGACCACCCCUGACGCUGGUGACGUGAAGGACGGUACAGAGUGCGGGGCAGGGCGUAUCUGCCUCCGAAGGAGGUGCGUCCCUAUGUCAGUUCCAGCACGUGGCUGUUCACCAGAGACCUGCCGUAUGCGGGGCGUCUGCAACAACAGAGGGCACUGCCACUGCAAGGGGGGCUGGGACCCUCCCGACUGCCUGGAGAGGGGCCGCGGCGGUAGUGUUGACAGCGGCCCACCCCCACCAACAGGAAGGAAUCAUAAGUUGCAAGGGAAGAUUUACCUGCUGCAACUUUCUUAUUUCAGGGACCACCCCGAAGGUCCCCGGAGCGCCAGACCUCCCUGGCAUGUGACUGUGCCCGACCGCAAUCAGCAACCAGUCCGCGAGCCCCGUCUGGGGGCCAACCACCUACACCCAGGCUUUCUCCACUUCGCGUUAGCCCACCUUCCUCGGCUGCAGCCAGUGUGA